AUGAUAAGGAUAUUAGAAGUCACUGAGGGGUUGUUCUGUGACCAUAUAAGUGGCAGAAAUGACAUCACUAAGCAGUGAUUAUAGGGAUAUAAAUGACAGGAGAAUUAUCUAUACUAUAUAUAGAAUAAUGAGGUCGGUAAAGUCCAUAAUCCCCAGCGACAUACACUCACGUGAGACUAAACACUUGCCCUUUACUCCAGUGACAUAAGCAGGUGAAACUCUAAUCCGCAGGUAAUGAUGAUAUUUGUGCGACUCUGUUUAACCCAGCGAUGCACAACCUGUGUUCUACUUACUGCCCAGCUCUCUCUGCUGCUGCUAAGGCUUCUGGGAACUGUAGUUUGACAGCAGUGGAUAAAUGGGCGCUGUGGGCAGUAGGUAACCCCCCUCCCGGCUUCCACUCUGCUGUUUAUUUUGUGGGACAGACCCAUUUUAUUUUACAGAUUAAAGGGCACAAGCCUUCAACACAUUCUGUAUAAUAUUCACCCCCCCUCCCCCGUGUAUCAGAUCCAAUUAACCAUCUGAUUCAGGUGGAACCAGCUCUGCAUUAUUAUUUUAUUUCUAGAUACAAUGGACAAUCUAUAGAACUGUUCGGUUGCUAGGGACAGUGGCCCUAGCAACAUGUUUUUUGAGAAAUGCCGAGGCCGUUUCUGGGAUUUGCAUUUGCUGAGAGAGUGAAAGCCGUCGUUCCAGUUUAUGAGCAGACACACCUACUGGGCCGGUGGGAGCGGAGCCAAGGGACAGCUCAUUGUUUGGGCUUCUCUAUAAGAACUCAGUCUCCUGUUCCUCUCUAUGAACCCAGGACACCCAUCGAUAACACUGGCAAAAUGGGCCAGAACAUUUCAGUUCCGGAGAAGAGCGACCAACAGCCGGACAAGUCGGACAUUGUCUGUGAGAUAUUCAGCCAGGCCAUCGUUCACGCCUCCCAAAAACUAAAGGAGUAUCUCGGUUUUGAAGACCCGUUUGGGUCGUUUCGUCCCUGCACCGACACCUUGAACGAACUCUUUGUGGUGAACUUCAUCAACUUCUGUUUGGAGAAGGGCGUCGAGGAGAGAAUCGCCACCAACAAAAUGACAAAGCAGCAGUCCGCCUUGUUCGGCAUUGACUGGAUCUGGACCCUGUCUGGUUCUGAUAAGGUGGUGAAACUUCAGAUCGCUGUGCAAGCCUUCCAGAUAUCAGAGCUGGACAUCAAGGAAUCCAAUAUCCAAGGCAAGGCCACCAACGAGAUCCCACCACCCAUUGGUUCCACCAAGGACAAGAGUAGGUUUGAGAAGCUGGAAGAGUUCUGCCGCCUGGUGGGGUCCGACUGUCUAGGGUUAUUCAUGGUUUAUGGACUCCCGGGGAAGCCCAAGGAUAUCCGAGGGGUCCUUCUGGACAGUGUGAAACGGGACAGUAAGAAAAACUCAAUCUUGGGGAAACAAGCCAUCUACCAGUUCAUCCAGAGCACGGACACGUUCCUCCCAACCCGGGACCUGCUGGACACCUGUAUGGCGAGGAAGAACGGGCAACUUGGCAUCGGGAAGGUCUACAUCAACUUUCUAUGAAGUGGACCUUUCCAUAAGGGACUCCAAACUGAGAGGAACCAAUCCCUCCCCCAAGCAGCCAUUUCAGACCAUCAGCCGAGGAGCCACCAGCUGAAGAUGAAGAACCAAGUGGAUGUUAUUUGCCCUCACAUGAAUCAUGGAGACCUUUUCAUUGGAACUCUCACUUCAUUUUAUGACAUCAUACUGCCAUUGCAAUGCGAUUGGACGAUGACACUACAGGUGAGUGGAAGACUCGGAACUGGUCCCCAUAGCCGUCCCCUUUUCUGCUCUACUUUAUGGGUAUAGAAGACUUGUGAUGGGACUGGGUGUUUUGUUUCCUAAUAUUCAGACUCAUGAGCAGGGGAUAAUGUUGCACGUGUAUUUGCACCUCAUUUCAUAUUGACUUGGUGCAAGGUCUGCUGGAGAGUAGGAUCAGUACAGUUUACAGCUAAAUUCUUAUUUAUAUCUGGCUACUUCCAAAGUCUUGGGACCUACAUCCAACCUCUGCAACGUUCCACUCAAUACCAACACCCAGCACUGAAUCAGCCCUGUAGGACAUGUUCCUGAGGUAUUUGUGGACAUACUGGAGGUGGUUAUGGGUCGGUAACCUGCACUGAGCCGUAAUACCGGAGUUUGUUCAAGUUCUGCUGGGUUGUGGCAUGUUUGGUGCUGAUCAGAAGUGUAAAUAUGGUUUUUACAGGUGAGAUGGUUCUACAUUGGGUCGGCUCAUCCCAUUCUGACACCGAUAGACAAGACCGAAUACUUUGCCCAUUUUGGAUGAACUCCAUUUAGACGACAGUUUCAACUGACAGUCAGUUGCCCAAGGAAUCACCACCCUGUAUGGCUGGCACUUGAUGCAGUAGUGUAAGCACAUGUCAGGCACAGAUUAAAGGGUAACUAUCAUGACAAAAAUCAAGUUAUUCUUCACUACCCUCUCGGCAAUCUCUCUCUACAUGCCGGAGUCAGCGUCAGAUUUUGCUCGACAAAUUUCGUCUGAAACAUUGGCUUCUUUGCUUAGAUAAUGUAUCACAUCGAAUGUCCAGCUCCGACCCAAAGCUGAUUGUAGAGAGACAGACUGUUGGGAGGGAAAUAGUGAACUUGUUGGUUUUACAAACAGUACAGAAUGUUUCAUUGAUUAAUUCUGUUGCACUUCCCCUUUAAGUAUUAGAAAUCAGUUUAAGACUCCUGCUUUUUCUAUAUAACGAAUAGGACUCUGGUUUGGUUUAAGCGCAAGUGAAACCCAUUCACCUACUGCUGCUCCAGGGCU